CUGGCCAGGUGUGUGCUAGCUCUUCUCAGGGAGGCUGGUGAAUGGGACAGGGAGCCCGAGGGGCCGAGCUGGCCAAUUACAUGGACAGUAAAUGGAGGAGGAUUGAUUUAUACUGGUAUCUGGGAAAUGCUUAGGAGACACUGCCCAGGUCUGGCCUGAGGCUUAUUCCUCUCCAAGCUGCCUUAGAGAGCCCUGGACCCACGCAGGUUCUGGCAGCCAUUGCCUUCCCAUCUGAACCAUGGGAAGGGAGGCUGGGCAAGGACGGCCCAUUUCACAGAGGCAGUGUGAGUAGCUUUUGGGUUGGGGUGGGGUGUGAAGCCUUGGACACACACGCCCUCCUCCAGGUUAGACCAUUAUGUUUUGAACAUAGGUUGAGGAGGGAGGAGAGAGGUAAGGAGCUGGGCCUCCACCUCCCUGGACAGGCCCCUGUGGUACUCUUAAUUGUUAGGUACUGACUCACCGCACUUCAAAGGCCUUGGCCGGAGUUCAGCUAUUUAACCUGCUGCACGGAGCCUGUCACUCUGGAGCUCUGCCCAUGGGGAGCUGAGCCUGCCUGCCGACCUGCUCCUCACCUGGACAGGUCCCUCUUCCUCCUAGCCAGUCCACACCCGCUGAAGAGCAGUCCCCAAGGGCCUCCAGGGCCCUGCUGCCUGCUGCUCAGGAUGCCGGCCCCCUGUCUCUUUGCUCCAGACAUGACUGAACAGCUGUCCUUGUGGCAUCACUACCUGUUGGCCAUCCAGUCACGGGAGUCACCCCGUGUCCAGGACUACCAGAGGGCAGAGAACAUUCUGCUCACUGUGCUGGAGCGUGCCCAUGCCUUGGACCCCCGCUUCCUCGUUGACUAUUCUCGAGACCUGGAGGCCUUCCAGUUUGCACUGCGCUCCUCCGAGGAAGCGCUGGAUGUGGAGGUGCCCCUGGGGGUGGACGCCGAGGCUCUCCUGGUUGAGGAGUCAGAAGCCACUGAACCAGGAGGUGUCCCUGCACUCUGUCGCCUGGGUGUCCUCAGGGAGACAUCUGGCCUGGAGCCAUGGAUGACUGAUGACGUCUUCAGUGUCUCCUCAGAGGGCAGAGACGAGCGCUGCAGUGGCCACAUUGUACCCAGUAAAGUCCUGUGUGUCCUUAAAGAUCUUCUGGUGGCUGCCAUUGUUCAUUGCAAGCACCACAGCCUCAUUCCACCAGGCUCGCUGAACGCUGCUAGCCUGAAGGAAGGGGAGCUGCAUCUGUCCCUGCUGGUGUCCAGCGGCUGGAGGAAGAUCCGCUUCAACGUUGUGCCCGUGGUGCGGAAGAAGCACAGGCUGCCUGCCUUGGAGGGGGCCCAGCUGAAGCCUGGAUUCCCUGAGGGCGCCUUGAGGAGAGUCGCCAGCCAUGGGGUAGACCUGGUGCCAGCUGAUGCCCAGCGCUGGAGGGUCUCCACUGGCUACCUGCUCAGUCGCCUGCUGGGUGCACUAGGCUCCUUCCCUGGUCACCGCCUGGACAGCCUCUCCAUCCUCGACCGGGUGAAUCUGGAGAGCUGGCGCGGUGGCAGCCAGAGCCCCGGCCUAACCUUUGACCACCUCAAGACGGUGCUGCUGUGGGCCUCUGUGCUCUUCCCAGCAACGGAGGACUGGGCAGACCUGCAGGGCUCGGUGUACCGCCUGCUGGUUGUGCUGCUCUGCUGCCUGGCUACCAGGAACCUGCCCCACUUCCUGUACCCGGAGCACAACUUGCUGCAAGACAGUGGCCUGGACCUCGGUGCCAUCUACCAACGUGUGGAACACUUCGCCAGCCAGCCUGAAGAGUCCUUACGAAUCCAUGUCACCCACCUGGGCCACAGCCGUCCACCACGCAUUGACAACGGAGUCAAGGCACUCCUGCAGCUACCCGCCAGUGACCCUACCUACUGGACCACUGCCUACUUUGAUUUUCUGCUAGAUAAGUUCCAGGUCUUUAACAUCCAGGAUAAGGACAGAAUCUCAGCCAUGCAGAACAUCUUCCAGAAGACCAAGACCAUGGGAAAUGACAACAGCUGAGCUGGAAUGGGAGGCCCAGUCUCUACCAACCUGCAGAGCUCCCUGGGACUUCUGGAAAGGAAUGGGGAUGGGGGAAUCUCUUUAGUGACAGGUGGAGGGACUUAGUCCCUGAGGACUCCUGUUCAAGGAGAGUUCAAGUAGCUGGCACGGAGGUCUUGAGACAGCCACCAUGUUCCAGACCAGGACUGAGGUGGCUGGUUGUAUGCUUCCCAGGGACCCAUUGAUCCAUUCAUUGGACAGUCAGGACAGGUAUAGGCAUAAGACAGCUUGGGCGUUUGCUCUGCUUAUGUUUCACACUACUCCUGGGGGUUGAAACACUGUGUGUUUAGCGUUGAGUACAUUAAUGCCCCAGUGUACCCUGUGGGGAGGGUCCCCCACUUGGUGUAUCUCUCUGCAAAUAUAGACUCCUAAGACUUGUGUGCAAA